AUGGCUUUAUCUACUUUGAAUGAUAGGUUGGAGACUCAGCUUAGGGCUUUGGGAACACUAGGUGUUACUAGCGACAAGUAUGCAGCGAUGCUUUUGCCACUUGUUGAAUCCGCGCUACCUUAUGAGUUGCUUAAAAUUUGGGAAAGAAAUAGGGCUUCUAAUAAUUUAAAAUUUAAUAAUGAGUUGCAGGGUCUACUAGAGUUCCUGAAAACAGAAGUGGAGGCCGAAGAGCGUGUAAAACUUGCUAAGUCUAGUUUCACAGUUCCAAAAAGUAUUGACGAUAAGUAUACUGUAAAAACCUUACAUACAGAGAGUUUAAAAACCAAGGGUAAGCAAAAGUUUUCUUGUAUUUUUUGCGAAAGCAAUACACGUGCCAGUCAGGACUGCAUUAAAGCUCAGAAAAUGACUUUAGAGCAGAAAAAAUCCAUUAUAAGUAAAAAACGGAGUUGUUCUUCAUGUUUAAAGCAGUUUCACAAUUUUCGGACAUGCAAAACAACUGUCAAAUGUAUAAAAUGCGCUCGCAAGCAUUUUACAUUAAUGUGUCCUGAUUUGCAUGAAAAAGAAAACAAAAAUAGAGAUUUGCAAAAAUCAGAAUCUUUAGAAAAUACAUUAACAACUGUCGCUUCUGAAACUUUACUGCAAACGAUCAAUGUUAGGGUUAUUUCUGAUAAUAAAAGGUCAAUGACAGUAAGGGCACUGCUAGAUUCGGGUUCGCAACGUUCCUAUAUAACUACAAAAUGCGCGGAAGAUUUAGGGUUAACUAAAAUUGGACAAGAAAAUAUAGUUCAAGGUGUUUUUGGUGGGUUGCAGGGAGCUCCAAAGAUUCAUCGUUUGUUUAAGGCAGGUAUAGAAAAUUUAGAAAAUUCAUUCAGCAUAGGGUUAUCUUUACUGGAACAAUCUAAAAUUUGCAAUUACGUUCCAAAACUAAUUGACCAAAAGGUCCUAAAUUUAUUAAAAGAUAAAAAUAUUUAUAUAAAUGAUUCUGCUUCUAAAGAAUUAGAGGUUAAUUUAUUAAUAGGGGCAGACAUGUUUGGUCACAUGUCACAUCAUAACGGGAAACUUGGUAAACAUAAAUGA